UUACGGUCUAUGCUGUAGUCGGUGACAUUCGCAUUCCGUAUGCUUUUGUCAACCACGUUGUUUACAUCGGGAGGUUAGGUGAAAAUGGAAUCCGCCCCCGAGCCCCAAAUAAAAAUUGAAGACAUAAAACAAGAAGAGAAUGCUCCUGUUGAGGGUCCAAUUGAGGAAAAUGCGCCCCCUGAAAACGACCCGUACGCUUACUUGGACCGAUCUGACUUCUCAUCGGAAAAAUUCAAGAUUGAAAUCAAAAACCUUCCGAAAAUUUACGGAAUAAGCGAAUUCCGUAAAUUACUAAAUAACAAGCUUAAGUUGAAUUCUACCAAAAUUAAGGCUCCGAAAAGGAAUAGUCCGUACGCAUUUGUGUGUUUUCGCAGUGAUGAGGAUAGAAAUAAGGCUAUAGAGACGUUGAGUGGGUUUAAAUGGAAAGGGAAGCCUCUUCAAGCAAUAAGGGCGAAACCAUCACCUGAUCCUUUGGUUAAGAAAAGGAAAGAAGAUUCGGAAGAAGGGCCAAAUAAAAAAAUUAAAAUUGAUAAUCGCAGUCAAGAAGAGAAGCUUAAAUCGUCCACAAUACCGUUGUGGGACGUGCCAUAUGAGGAACAAUUGAAAACUAAACAAGAAGAGGCAAGGAACAUUUUAAAACGAUUGGGUAAUGAACUAGCACGUCAAAAUCCCGAUUUAAGGGAGUGGUUAAAUAAACAGAAAGAAAAAUUCGAUGGGCUUCCAUGUGAAUUACUUAAUAUUCGAUAUGCUGAUGAAUGUGACGGCUACCGAAAUAAAUGUUCCUUCACCGUCGGAAUUGAUGAAGAAACAAAACUACCAACUGUUGGAUUCAGAAUUGGGAGUUACGUUAAUGGAAUUACGGGUGUUGGUAGCAUUGAAUCUUUAAAACACAUUCCCGAAUCAAUGAAACUGGCUGUAAAACUGUUUCAAGAUUACGUAAGAGCCUCAGAUUUGCAAGUCUUUAAUUUUGAAGUACACACUGGACACUUCCGACAAUUGACAAUCAGAACAGCCCAAGAUCAAAUCAUGUUAGUUGUGGGAAUACACCCUCAGGACUUAUCAGAGGAGAAGCUAAAAGUUUUCAAAAAUUCGCUCAUCCAUUAUUUUACAGAGGGCGCCGGAAAAGAGGCGAAAAUCACAUCUCUGUACUACCAGAAAAUUGUCAAAAAAAUUGCGGGGGAGGAUUCCGACGGGUCUGAGCAUUUAUGGGGCGAUACUCACAUUUGUGAGACUUUACUCGGCCUAAAAUUCAAAAUAUCCCCAGAGGCGUUUUUCCAAAUUAAUACGAAAGGCGCCGAAAUUUUAUACAAAUCAAUAAUCGAACUAGCGUCACCUACUGAAGAUUCGACAGUUCUUGAUGUUUGUUGUGGCACUGGCACCAUAGGAUUGUGUUUUGCUAAGAACUGUAAGAAAGUCCUGGGAAUUGAAAUAGUCCCCCAGGCUAUAAUAGACGCCAAAGCCAACGCGAAAUUGAACGAAAUCGAAAAUAGCGAAUUUUUUGAGGGCAAAGCUGAGGAGAUUUUGGGGUCGGUCUGCUACAGGGCUAUGGGGGACGUUGUGGCGGUGGUGGAUCCACCUCGUGCUGGUUUACAACAAAAGGCAGUCGUGCAAAUACGCAAAAUCAACAAAAUUGGACAACUUGUGUACGUUUCUUGUAAUCCAGCCGCUGCUUUGAAAAAUUUUAUUGAUAUUGGACGUCCGGCCUCUAAAACUUUACACAAUGAGCCGUUGGUGCCCGUGAGAGCUGUCGUAGUUGAUAUGUUUCCGCACACCAGGCACUGCGAGCUAAUUAUAAGUUUUAAAAGAUUUGAUAAAUUGUUGAUUGUAGACAGUGAUUCAAAAUAAAAUAUUAUUGGACAACCUGA